CGAGGAGAAAAUAAACCAUUUCAGGAGUAAAAACACAGUUGUUUUAGGACUUGAUACCGUGACUAUUUCCUGUAAGUGAACUCUGUGCUGAUACAGGGUUUGAUUUAACACACCGAUGUUGGAGUGAAGUAAACGUGUGUCCUGCUGUAAUCUGGAGAAGGAGACAUGACCUCCAACAUGAGUGUGUCUGGAAAACAGGACUUAAAGAAAGACGAGAGAAUGAUGGAGGGAAAGAGAUCAGACUCACCAGAACCCAGCUGUGUGUCCAUGAAGAGUGAGGAGUCAAUGGGAUUUCCACUUAACUUCAGAGACAGAGGCAGUUCUACUGAUGUGAGACCACAAAAGAAGAAAUCAAACAUCAGCAGAAAUCAGUUGGAGUCCAUAUUCAAGGAGCUGGAACACAAAGUCAUCACUCUGAUAAAGAAUGAGCUGAAGAGGUUUAGGAAGCUCCUGAGUCCAGAUUACCCAGCAUGCACUGAGAGGGAGGUGGAGGAUGAGGAGGAUCUGCACAGUGUCAGAGAGGGAGCGCUGAAGAUCACACUGCACAUCCUGAAGAACAUGAACCACACAGAUCUCGCUAACACACUGCACAACAAGUCUGUGGCCUCUGUGUAUCAGCCAAAGUUGAAAUCCAACCUGAGAGAGAAGUUUAAAAGAAUUAAUGAAGGAAUCUCACAGCAUGGAAGCUCAGCACUUCUGAAUGAGAUCUACACAGAGCUCUACAUCACAGAGGGUUGGAGUGGAGACGUCAAUAAUGAACAUGAGGUGAGACAGAUUGAGACAGCGUCCAGGAGACCAGCAACACAGGAGACACCCAUCAAAUGUAAUGACCUCUUUAAAGACAAGUCCAUCAGAAGUGUGCUGACUAAAGGAGUUGCUGGAAUUGGAAAAACAGUCUCUGUGCAGAAGUUCAUUCUGGACUGGGCUGAAGGAAAAGCAAAUCAGGACGUCACCUUCGUGUUUCCACUUCCCUUUAGAGAGCUGAAUUUGAUGAAGCAGGAAAAUCUCAGUCUGAUGAAUCUUCUUCAUCACUUUUUCCCUGAAAUGAGAAAACUACAAUUAAUAGACUGUGACUCCUACAAAGUGGUGUUGAUCUUUGAUGGUCUGGAUGAGUGUCGACUUCCUCUAAAUUUCCAGAACAAUGAGAGAUUGUGUGAUGUGACGGAGUCAGCCUCAGUGGAUGUGCUGCUGACAAACCUCAUCAAGGGGAAUCUGCUUCCCUCUGCUCUCCUCUGGAUAACCUCUCGACCAGGAGCAGCCAAUCAGAUCCCUCCUGAGUGUGUAGACCAGGUGACAGAGGUGCGAGGGUUCAGUGAUCCUCAGAAAGAGGAGUACUUCAGGAAGAGGAUCAGUGAUCAGAGCCUGGCCAUUAAAAUCGUAAGUCACAUGAAGUCUUCAAGAAGCCUCUACAUCAUGUGCCACAUCCCAGUCUUCUGCUGGAUCUCAGCCACUGUUCUAGAGAGAAUGUUGGGUGAAGCAGAGCGUGGAGAGAUCCCCAAGACUCUGACUCAAAUGUUCACACACUUCCUGAUCUUUCAGAUCAAACACAAGGGCCAAAAGUACCAUCAAAAAUGUGACCCUGAUCCUCAGCAGACCAGAGAGAGUAUCCUGGCACUGGGAAAACUGGCUUUCCAACAGCUGGAGAAAGGAAACCUGAUCUUCUAUGAGGAAGACCUGAGAGAGUGUGGCAUUGAUGUCAGAGAAGUGUCCGUGUACUCAGGAGUGUGUACCCAAAUCUUCAGAGAAGAGUUUGGGCUUCACCUGGGGAAGGUGUUCAGCUUUGUACAUCUGAGUGUUCAGGAGUUUCUGGCUGCUUUAUACGCAUUUCUCUGCUUCAUCAGCAGGAAUGUAACAGAACAACAAACCACUGAUCUGUCUGAUCUUUUCAGAAAGCCAAACAUGUCUGAUUUCCUCAGUAGUGCAGUGGACAAGGCCUUUCAGAGUGAGAAUGGACACCUGGACCUGUUCCUCCGCUUCCUUCUGGGUGUCUCACUGGAGUCCAAUCAGACUCUCUUACGAGGCUUAAUACCACAGAGAGGAAGUAGCUCUCACAGCAAACAGGAAACAGUCGAGUACAUCAAGGAGAAGAUCAGGGAGAAUCCAUCUCCAGAGAAAUCCAUCAAUCUGUUCCACUGUCUGAAUGAACUGAAUGAUCAUUCUCUAGUGCAGGAAGUACAAACUUACCUGAAGAGAAAAAAAUACUAUUGUCUCAGUGGAACCAGACUCUCUCCUGCUCAGUGGUCAGCUCUGGUGUUUUUAUUGCUGAACUCAGAACAGCAGCUGGAUGUGUUUGAUUUGAGGAAAUAUGAUCGAUCAGAUGAAUGUCUUCUGAGGCUUCUGCCAGUGGUUAAAGCCUCCAGAAAAGCUGAGCUGUGUGACUGUAAUCUGAGAGAGGAAAGCUGUAGAGCUCUGUCCUCAGUUCUCAGCUCAAACUCCUCCAGUCUGAGAGAACUGGACCUGAGUGUCAAUAAACUGCAGGAUUCAGGAGUGAAGCUGCUCUCUGCUGGACUGGAGAAUCCACACUGUACACUGGAGAUACUGAGGUGUAUAGACAUGUGUAUAUAUGUAUAUUUAUAUAUAUAUAUAUAUAUAUAUAUAUAUACUCACACACAUACUCUAGACUGAGACAUUUUUGUAGUCUGACAUAAAAGAUUAUAGCCCAAAUUAUGUGUCACUCUUUGUAAUCCCCUUGCAUCACCUUCAAUCUACAGUGCUGUGCUCGUUAGACUUCACUCUUCCUACCAUUCUGUGUGUUUUUCUUAUGACCGCUGGUAGGUCUGUCAUGAUAAUUGCGAUAUCAACUUAUCGUUCGAUACAUGGUCAUCACCUCAUUGAUCAUUUUUGCUGACCUCAAUAUUGCCCAUUAUGUUUACAUGUGUGUUUGUUUACAUAAGAAUGAAUGUCUCCAGCAUUUCAGCCAUUCACUGCUUCUGUCCUCUCGUCUGCUCUAGGGCUGUCAAAUUAAAAUUCAAACUUCGAAUAUUUGUCGAAUUUAAGAUAAAAAUGCACAUUCGAAUGCAAAAGCUGUGUGUGUUCGAAUUUAAGAUGUAUAUCAAGCACUAGCACCAAUUUUAAUUAAAAAAUACUGUUUAAAAAAAUGAUAUGCAAGAUAUUAACAAUGCGCUAACAAGGUUUUUUGAAGAAGAAAAAUCUAGAAAUAAUCAUUGUAAUGUUCCAAAUAAUCCAGUCAUAGUGAAUAAUGUCAGGGUUGAGCUGCUUAAGCUACGUGAGCUGAAGCUGAACAGUGAAUGAACACUGGUAAACUGAAGUGCUUUACUUGCGGGUUAAUUAACUCACCCAAAUACAUUCUAUACACAUAUGAGAUUAAUCAGACAUAUACACAACAUAAACGUAAUAUUACAACUUGCUUGUGCACAAAAUGACACGAAUGCACAAG